UUUUUUUUUUAUAUUAAGACUAAUUAAUUAAAGUGCAGGAAGUGGUUAAUUGACUUUCUUGAUGUUUUCUGUGGUUUGUAUUGCUAUUUUCGAGGAAUUGGUUCUUUGCGUAAGGAUCUUCUGACCGUACUUAUUGUAACCUUGUUCCUCGUUUUAGAUGAUGUGUCGUGGUGUUUUCUUUUUAUCUAGCUAUCUUGAUUAUAGACUGUGAUGUGAUAGAAUGUUUGAAUUUCCUAUUUUUAUACUACGAGUGGUCUCUUGGCUUUCUGGAUGAACUUGGUAGCUGAUUCACCGAUUCAGUAUAUUUGUUCGGGAUAAGGUUUGCUAGAAUUUUGCUGCAAAGUGGAUGAUGUAAUAGUUCAUGGCUUUCCACUGCAUCAGAUAGACUCUGGGCUGAUAGAAGAAAAGAGCAUUUUGGUGCCUGACACUUCCCUGAUCAGUACUCCUCAACCAUUCAUUCCUCUUCUUGCACCUUCCCCAAUGACACCAUUUUUCAGCAAUAGCACACCAAAGCUAUCAGGACGAUGUACAUUAAAUUUCUCUGCUGUUGACAGCUUGAUAAGCACAACUGCUGUUGAUUGCUUGUCCUCCUUUGCUCCUUUAUUGGCCAACGUAAUCUGCUGCCCCCAGUUUCAGGCCAUGCUGGUCAUUCUAAUAGGGCAAUCAAGUAAAAACACCGGAAUGCUUGCCUUGGAUUCUACUCAAGCAAACUAUUGCCUAUUAGAUUAUCAACAGAUCUUAGAAAGUCGGGGUGCCAGUGGCAAUCUUGAACAAAUUUGCUCAAUCCACCCAUUGAACCUCACUGAAGGUUCUUGCCCUGUCAAUGAUAUCAGCGAGUUUGAGAGUGCUAUCGACUCCUCUAAACUGCUGCUUGCAUGUGAGAGAGUUGAUGCUGUGAACGAAUGUUGCAGUCAAAUAUGUCAAAAUGCUAUACGUGAAGCUGCCACGAAGAUUGCUUUGAGAGAUGGUGGCUUGACAAGUAUGGAUAUUAGUAAUAACUUGCCUGAGCACUAUUCUAGAAUUGAUGGUUGCAGAAGUAUUGUCCUCAGAUGGUUAUCUAGUAGACUCGAUCCAUUAUCUGCAAAGCAUGUACUCAGACGGAUAUCCAACUGCAAUGUUAACGAAGCAUGUCCUUUAGUUUUUCCAGAUACCACUAAAGUUACAGAGUAUUGUGGAAACAGGAUCAAGAACAAUACUGCAUGCUGCAGUGCAAUGGAUAAUUAUGUAUCUCACUUGCAAAAGCAAAGUUUCAUAACCAAUUUACAAGCAUUGGAUUGUGCUUCAUUGCUUGGUCUGAAGUUGCAAAAAAUGAAUGUUACCACAAACAUCUAUAGUUUCUGUCAGAUAACUCUCAAAGAUUUUUCUCUACAAGUUGGAUCUCAAGAGUCUGGAUGCCUCCUUCCAAGCUUGCCAUCAGAUGCAAUGUUUGACCCUUCUUCUGGAAUCAGCUUCACAUGUGAUCUGAAUGACAAUAUUGCAGCUCCUUGGCCCUCUGCAUCUGGAGCUCCAACAUCUUUCUGCAACAAAUCUGUCAACUUGCCUGAACUUCCAGCUGCAACAUCUGCACACAUUGCUGAAAAUGAAAAAGACAUGAAGCUUCCGUUGCUCAUUGCUUUGCUGGUGGUCCUUCAAAUGCUUUCAUGAUCCUGCAGUGGGCAUCAGUUUCAAUCAUUAUUAUAUUUGAUAGGAUGCUGCUACCAGAUAGUUUGGGACAAGGCUUGAUGAUUAUGGAUAGGCAUGAUCUUAUUGGUCAUCACAUCAUUGACAAAGGAUUUAACCAAAGGGUUUUCCCAACACAGUAACAGCAUUCUGUGAUACAGGUUUUUUAUUGAAGUUCUAGCAACCAUAAUUCUUGCAAGCAAUAUAAUAAUGCCUUGUAAAGGGAGGGGGAAAUCCAGAGGGGGGAACUAUGUAAAUAUUUUGAGAUCUGUAAUCCCAUUUGGAGCUCCUUCAUAGAAACUUUUCCAAGAAACUUUUGUCAGCAAUUGAAUGUAAAUUUAGGUCAAUCAAUACUAUCAUCUCAUCUCUCGGUGUCCA